ACAAAACCGAAACCGCACGCUUGAAGCGCCGGCAAUCUGAGAUAUCCUGCCGCGGCGGUUCGACACGGAACAGUCGCUGCCUUUGGCAACGCCGCAGUAUUUUUGUUCUUAACUGUUUUAUAGUUUAACUGUUACUAGCGGUUCUGAUAAGUCUCCGAGACUCAACGAUUCCACCCGGCGCAUUUUUUGUUCGGCGCUCGCGUUUUUGGGUGCUGUGAAAGUGCGUGACCACCUGUUUGGAGGAGUCCGAUUUUUUUUUUUUUUUCUGUUCAUUGUUUAAAUUAUUUGUUCGACGUCGAAGCCACGAAAAUGUUGGACGGAUUCAAGAUCAAGAAUGCUGUUAUUCGAGAAUCUCUCGCCGAAAUGCUGGGAACAUUCAUUCUUGUGCUUUUCGGCAACACCGUUCUGGCGAUUCUGACCUUCGAGAAAGCCAGUACCGACGGCCUGGCAGCCUGCUUCUGGGGAUGGGGGCUGGCCCUCACCCUCGGAGUCCUGGUCGCCGGAGGAGCAUCCGGGGCUCACCUGAACCCGGCCAUCACGGUUGCUGUGACGACGAUAGGCAAGUUUCCCUGGAGGAAGAUUGUCCCCUACGUGCUCGCCCAGUACAUCGGAGCCUUCAUCGCUUCCGUCGUCCUCUUCAUCACUUAUCGAGGUGCCUUGGAUAAUUUUGAUGGCGGGAAUCGCAUCGUCACCGGCGUCAACGGCACCGCUGGCAUCUUCGCAUCCUAUCCCAAGGAAUUCCUCAGCACCGGAAACGGGCUCGUCGACCAGAUCGUGGGCACGGCGCUGCUGAUGCUCUGCAUCCUGGCCAUCACGGACGCGCGCAACAUGGCGGUGCCCCAGGGUGUCCAGCCGCUGUUCAUCGGCUUCGCGCUGGCCGCCAUCAUCCUCAGCUUCGGCUACAACUGCGGGGCUCCCCUGAACCCGGCUAGGGACCUCGCGCCUCGGGUCUUCACCGCCAUGGCCGGUUGGGGCGGCGAGGUCUUCAGCUUCCGGGACUACAACUGGUUCUGGGUGCCCAUUCUGGGACCCCACAUGGGCGCCAUCCUCGGUGCCUGGAUCUACACCCUCGCCGUGGAGCUGCACUGGCCCGGUGCCACGUACGAGAUGGACGGCGGCAACCCCGUGUCCAUCAAGGACGACAUACAUGGCCCUGAUGGAAUGUAUAGCGAAUUUGAGAACAGCGUCCAGAUGCGAGGCAUCAAGCUGGGCGACUCCAAGAACUGAUUCCCCGAACGCAGCCAGCCGGCGAAAACUCCGAAGCACCAACGAAUCUUGCAGCCCGAAAACGAAACCGAAAUCGUCCAAGUGCCCAAGAUGUGUGCGCCUUCCCUCACUCCCUGUGCUGCUCGGGAAAUUCUUCCGCACUCGGCGACAAAGCCUGCCAAAGAUCGUUUCAUCUUACUGUUUAAUGUUAUUAUUAUUAAUAUUAUUAUUGCUGUUUUCUUUUUGUUAUAUCUAUAUUAUUAGUUUUACCUUCAACCGUCGCUCAUCCGAAACUGGCUCGUCUCUCUUCAAGAAAUUAAGUCUACUGGAAGCUGAACCGAUAUAUGAAACAUGCAAAAUAAUGUUCACAUUGCCCUUGAGAGGUAUUAUUAUUCAGCUUCCGAUCUUAUCAUCAUUUUAUGUAUUAUACUAUUUAUUGUGCCUUAAUCAGAUUAAAAUGACUGAUGUAUGUCGAUUGGUUUAUUGCAGCAACUUACAACCCAAGUUCUUAUUUCAUGAGAAAAAAAAAAUUAGCAUGACCAUCUCCUCUUUUUUGAACCUUCUUUUUUCUUUAGAUGAUUGGCGAUCUGUCUCCUGGAUGUUUGAUGUUGGUAUAGGACAUGUGUCACUCACAUAAUUCAAAGUCUAAUCACGCGAUUUGACAUGAUCUUCUCAAUAACCAAACAGGCGGAUCUAAACACUGACAUUUUAUAUGACUGUUCGGACUUCUCAUAAAGAGGCAGAUCUAAGCUAUUUUACCUAUCAAAGCCUCAAGCAUUCCAAUGAUUAGCCAGACGAGCCAUGGUUGAAUGCAUCACUUUGUUUUCUUCCUGAAGCACUUAGAAACAUGAUUCAGAUCCAUUAUUCAUGUUCAUUGACGCAGUCACAUCAAAUGUAUAUUUGCCCGUAUUGUCUUUUGUUUUGUUUUUCUGCUGACAUGCACUAAAACUAUUUCAACACUCCGGUGAAUUUGCUGUUAAAGCGGGUAUAAAUUGAUGGCACAGUGUUAAAUGCGACUUUCUACCAAAUAGCGUUAUGACAUGACGUCAAAGUCAUGCUACCUUUUUAAAGAAUUUCGCAAGCUUAAAGCAAUAAUUUUCAAGCGUGUACAUAAAAGUGUUGUAUCAAGUAUCUUUGAAUUUAACCCAAAUUUAUAGAUUUGUUUUUGCUUUUUUUUUUACGUAAAGUGUACAGUACGUGGAACUCUGUUUUUUCCACCACAGAUUUAAGGAGGGAAUAAAAUCGGAAGCUGGAAUUUGUUGCAUGGUUCACGACGAACCCGUGAUUCGAUUCCAAAGAAUAUACAAGAGCCUAAAACUCUGCUGUGUACGUCUUAUACGUUUUACGUGACUCGCCAUAGCGCAAUUUAGGGACUGUUCUUUUCCUGCCGCAUUAAACAGUUUGACGGGUCAACAUCUUGCUAUGCAAACUGGUAAUUCUUCAAUGAUAACUUCUUAAAAUGUCAUUUUUUUUUUCAGAAUUUAUUAUUUCUGCGAGUUAAAAUAGGUGGAUUAGAGAUUUCAAGGUCGGUGCGACACCUCCAACACCCGCGGACGUUCCCAAUCCGUAGUUGGUUCCAAUUUAGCUUAGAAAGUAGUAGAGACACAAGCGCGUGCGCUAAAAUUUGUCCCAGGUGUCUAAUCAUUUCUUAUUUUACCUUCUUUUUUUUUUUUCAACAACGGUCAAUAAUAAAUUUUGCUGCACACUCUGAAGUCACGACAAUUCUGACAAUCAGCCCUGCGCCUGCACAAAAGAUCCUACACGCUCUUGUAAUAUUUUAAAAAUUUUUAAAGGAUUUCUUCUUUUUUUUUUCAUAGGCACGUAUUUUUUGCAGGGUUCUAUUUCACGGUUAACUAUUGUAUUGUUUGUUAUAGCGUUUUGUAUUAGAUGUACAUCCAAGGACGCGGUUAGUGCGAACAAGUAUAAUGACCACUUUCUUCUGAUUUUCUUUUAGAAUCAAAAGGCUCUAAUAAAAACUAUUAGCCUGGUGAAGAGUGCUCCCUUGGGGCACUAACCUAAGCGGUAAUAAUUGGUGCCCACGCCAUACUUUUUCGAAGUAAAAUGCGGAAAGCACCGGUGUCGAGUUCGUGCUAACAAUGUCGCGCUGUGUAUCUAUCGCCCUGCUCAUCCGUAUGUCGUUUUAGUGACUUGCUGUCUGUGUACGUUUGUUUUAGAGGAUUGUUUUAUGUUACUGGAGACGAAUAAAACAUGUCAACCAAA